UGAAGACUAGAACCAAGAGGGGACACAUACAUGUAUGUUGUGUGCAUAAGUCUUCUGUAGUGUUGUCACUACAUAACCCACCACCAGCCCAUUUAUCAUAUCAACGUGAGGAACUACGCUUGUUUCAUACUAAGCUUUCAACAAUCACAUACCGUAAGCUAAGCUAACGAUACAAACUCUGUCACCUUCAAUGUAUUCAGAGAAGUAAUACUUCUUUCUCUGCAGAAAUGAGGUUUCAUCUCCAAUAAUUAGUGGCUGCAACCUACUGCAGAUACCUUUUCUCUUCCUGUAUGUAGCCAAAGCCCAUAUCUACAACUGUCUGUCUUAGAAUGAAGACAGUGUAGGCACUACAUUAUCACCUUCAAAACAAGACUAGCACUUUAAUCCAUAUAUCAACGUAACAUGGCAUAUGGACCCAGAUAGAUGAGGCCUGGCUACUCAUCAAUCUCAACCACAACCAAGCCAACUUACUGAAUGACGCCUUGAGUUUUCCUGUCUGGUUGGAUUUGGGGUUGAACUCUGAUGGAAAGGUGCCGUAUGAUUAUCCUGUCUAAGAGUUUAUAGGAAUAACACCUAUAAGGAGUAACAACUCUAUAGUAAUUAAUGUUAACAAACUUAUGUUUUUGGGACUUGUAUCAUACUGUACACUAUGUACUCUAUGGUACAUAGUACAGUACACAAAAUAUUACACCUAGUGAUAUACAGAUGUAGGUUCUUAAUUUGAUCCAGUUUGCUACAGCAGGAAAAUAAUCCUGCAGCAAUAGGAAAUGUGAAUUAUUAUGUGAAUUAUAAUUAAUUGACAUUUUUUGUAGGGGUUGAUAUAUUUUUCGUUAUGGCAAAUCAAGUCUUGACAUUUUAAAGUGGAAAUUAUAAACUUUAGAAGCCUUUUUAAACGUUUAAUACAUUACAAGUUUGCAUUUUUCCUGCAGUGAGUGAUAAAAUGAAGAUCCUACAUCUGUAGCCUAUCAGUAAUUUGGUUAUUUGGAUGGCAGCCUUUUGACUUGACAGGGUAAUGAUGUGGUAUCUUUCUGCUUAAAUCUUCAUUAUAACCUUAAACCAAUCACUGUAAAGGUUGCUAAUGGUGGGCUCAAUAAUCAAUCCACUGAUUGGAUGCCCCCACAUUCUAAUUCUAAUGUAUUCAGUAAUAUAGACCAGAUCUGUUUCUCAAAAUGUGGUUCCCGUAUGGUAAAUCUGGGACUAAACUAUGGGAACGUUGUAAUGUAUUUUUGAAGCCUCGUUUGUGGUUUAUUUGUUGUUGCAUAUUUUACAGCAUUAAGAUCUGUGGGAAAUUAUGACCACUGCCACAGGUCAAUGACGUUGGUAAUUUUUUUACUUAAAUUAUUCUCCCCAUUGAACAACAUCUGGAUUUGUUAUAAUAUGCUACAGUUGUAGUAGUUGCUUUUUGUCACCUGGAUUUUUCCAAACUGUUUACAAAAUAAAAUAAACAGAAAAAAUAUGUUUUUCAAAAUCAUGAUAGUACAAACAUACCAUUGUUUUUAGAUUAUUGAUUAUUUGUGUUAUUUUUGUAAUGUAUUUAACUGUUUUCUUUGCACUAAUUGUAUUAUUAGAGUUAAAUGUAAUGUUUCGUUUCUGUAGUACCUCCUCAGCUCACACUACAUAUCCCAGAAGUCAUUGUGUUCUACAAUAUUAACAAGGGGCAAGCAAUGCUGAGAAAUUUGAUUAUGUCAUGAACUUCAUGAACAAGCUGGCAGGAAACGAGUAUGUGGGUUUCAGCAAUGCCACAUUCCAGUCAGAGAGGGAGUCUGGAGAUCGUAACUUUGCUAUCGGCUACUACCUGAAGGAAAAGAAGUGCUUUCCAGAGGGGACAGACAUGACCUCCAUUUUAGACCUCUACUUCCAGCUGUGCUCCAUCGAGGUGACCUGUGAAAGCGCUAGCGUCAUGGCGGCCACCCUAGCAAAUGGCGGCUUCUGUCCAAUCACAGGCGAGCGUGUGCUGGGCCCAGAGGCGGUACGGAACACCCUGAGCCUCAUGCACUCCUGCGGCAUGUACGACUUCUCGGGACAGUUCGCUUUCCACGUUGGACUUCCAGCUAAGUCAGGUGUGGCAGGGGGCAUCCUGCUGGUGGUGCCGAACGUCAUGGGUAUCAUGUGCUGGUCCCCGCCACUGGACAAGCUGGGUAACAGUGUGCGAGGAAUCCAGUUCUGCACGGAUCUGGUGUCCCUUUGCAACUUCCACAACUACGACAACCUGAAGCACUUUGUCAAGAAGCUGGAUCCUCGCAGGGAAGGCGGAGACCAGAGGGUGAAGUCGGUCAUCAAUCUUCUCUUCGCUGCGUACACUGGCGAUGUGUCUGCACUGAGGAGGUUUGCUCUGUCUUCCAUGGACAUGGAGCAGAGGGACUACGACUCCAGGACGGCCCUCCAUGUGGCUGCAGCAGAAGGGCAUGUGGAGGUGGUCAAGUUCCUGUUGGAGGCAUGCAGGGUCAACCCUGUUCCCAAAGACAGGUGGGGUAACACACCGAUGGAAGAGGCAGUGCACUUUGGACACCACGACGUUGUGACCAUGCUCCAGGACUACAACAACAAGUACAGUCCACCGGGGGGCGCCACUGAGGACAAAGAGAAGGAGAUAUCAGAGAAGAACAUUGACGGCCUACUAUGAGCCAACUAAGACUCUUAUCUAUCCAUAGAAAUAAAAUAACUAGAACGGACAUUCCCAUUGAAAUUAUAUAUACGUGAUCUGAGGCUUGGUCCUUUCCAGUCAUUCUAUUUCUAUGGCCCCUUUAACUAUCUGGAAGACUUACUGUAAGUGUGUGGUCCAUUUGUCACGUCAGUGGUAGGUCAUGUAUACUGUUGAUAAUACUGUAUUGUUGAUUUUGUAUAAAAGUAUUGUAUUUCUAGCGUUUUAAAAAAAAAAAUAUUGACCUUUGACUUUUCCCUGGAUGUUUUUUGUUUUUUUUGUUUGUUUCCUUUCGCGUCGCUUUUUUAUGUCGUACUGCUCACUGCGCAACUCUCCCUCGGUGUGUGUCAGCACUAUGUGGAAUGUAUUUUAUACAUUUAAGUGCACAAAACAUUUCUCUUUAUGUACAACCUGAACGUAUGCAUAAGAUAAAUGUACACGUUGUGUAACGUGUGUAUAUCCCUGAAAUGAAUAUAAUAUCAGAGGUAGAUGGAUUCAGUGUAAAUACUAUUUAAUCUGAAGUGAAAUCAAGUGACUCACUGGCACAGCUUUUGAAGGAAAUUGGUAAAGUCCACACAGUUAGGCUUAAGUUUGUAUAUGAGGCAGAAUAAUAUAUAAUAAUAUAAUAUAUUUUGAUUGAAUAACUCAUCUCAAGUGUUCCGUGUUGCUUUCAUUGGACUUGUCUCCCCAGACCCUGUUGCACAAGAAGCAUAAUAUGUUUGAGUGUUUAUUGUUCCCCUGUGUAGGUGCAGGUCAACUUCAACAUUAGCUAAUUAUUUUGAAUGUACCACAGGUGUAUACUGAUGUCAUCAGUUUGUUUUCAUUCAAGUAUAUCUGCUUUAGCUGUGUGUUGCAGGCAAUGGAGAUAUUUAUUUCAAUGAUCAAACAAUAAAUAAAGAACUUUAAAUAUG